AGAGUUCAUGUAUUACUAGUAGUAGUUCAAAGGCCCGAUGGGGGACUCACUCGAGGCGUUGAUCGCGCACACGCAGGACCAGCUACAGCCACUGAUCGCCAAGCCCAAGCUAGCGGACAAGCUGCUGGCUAAACCGCCAUUCCGCUUCCUGCAUGACGUGUUCACGGCCGUGACACAGAGCACGGGCUUCGCCAAGGAACUGUACAAUGACUUUGAGUUAGGCUCAGCCAAUUUAAAGGACAAGUCACAGAAGACCGCCUUCCUCGAUAAGAUGAUCGUGUGCGUGGGCCAAUGUCUCAGCAAGGACUUUGAUGUGCGCUCCUCUAAGAUCGUAGCCGGCCUCGAGCCGGAGAACACCAACCUGCUAUUGCAGGGCCUUGCGCAGGUUGCCAAGGACACGUCGCUCGACUGGAACAAGGCCGUACAGACCGCUCUCGCCAGGGUCUCCUCGUUUACUGCAGAAGGAGAACUGGCCCCUGGAGCUGCAGCAGCAGCUCUGGCUGUGGAAGCCCCACCCGCUGCAACGCUUCCAAGCUCGAAUGAUCGCAGCAGCUCCGCUGAAGCCAAGGAGAAGGAAAAGUCACGACGAGAAAGUAAGGCAGAGUCCAAAGGAGGCAGUGAAGGGGAUGCAGCCCCGCCUCGGAGUGCAGAGGAAGCACAUGCUCCACUCGCGCCAUGCAAACAGUCCGUACCCAAGACAAGUCACGCUGCACCGAGCCGUAGUAGUAGCACCAGCAAGAACAUUAACCACGAUGAAGUAUUGCUGCAGAGCGUUGCCAAAUGCAAUGGCGGCAUUGAACGCACGAAAACACUAGUCGAACAGGUGAUCACCAAGCCCAAGAUGUCUCCGAAGCUCCUGGGGAAGCCUCCAUUCCGAUUCCUACACGACGUUAUCUCUGAAGUGACGCGUAUGACCGGAUUUGCUGAAGGACUCUUCUCCGGCGAAGAGCUCGACUCCGGUGCCAUAAAGGAAAAGGGACCAAAGAUGGACUAUCUAACCAAGAUUAUUUUGUGUGUUGGCUGCCAUCUCAAUGUGGAAAUGGAAGCUAAACCUGCCAAGAUCGUCGCAGGACUGGAACCAGAGGCCACGUGCAAGUUCCUGCAGUUGCUGACAGUCGCAUGCAAAGCAGGCAGCUCAAAAGAGGCUGUUCAACGUGUUCUGGCUGGUGACACAGCGGUUCGCAGCUUUGGUUCUAUUGUGAAGAAGCCUAGAAGUCGUGAGCGGACUCCUGAAAUCAAGCAACCGUCGCGUUCCACUACACCACCAGAGAGCAAACAGCGGACAGAGGCUGUGGAGGCCAAGGAGAAACCGAAAGAAGCCGAGCCAGGCAGCUUCUCCGGACCCAAGAAGCCCUUGGCGAUAGGAGGUGGAGACAACGACGAUGUACGCUUCGAAGUAAAGAAUGACGAUGGUGACGACGGAGGAGCUCGCAUGGGCACGAGUGGAGCUCCAGGCACGAGUGGAACCAGCCGCACCUCGCGACCCACAACUGCUAGGCGUCGUCCACCAAAGCUCAAAGAGAAUGUUACCGAGGUGGGGAGGCUCAUGGUGCCUGAUGCCAAGGCAGCUCCUGUUGCAGGUAUCAUGAAGGACGGCGACAACAACGACACCGAGAGCGAAGACGAAGCAGCAACAGGAGAUGACACAUCCAACCAGCCUCACUCGGCACUUCUACCUGGUGAUGCCGGCGCUCAUGGGCGCCUAGUACGUCAUAUCUUAAAGAACCAAAAUGCCGAAGAAGCAGCCCGUCGUGCUAAGGAAGGCGAAGACACGGCUGCGGCGACAGCAAAUGAAGCGGAGACGGGAAUUCGACUGGGACGUCGAAAUAAAUCCUUCAAACCAGAGCGCAUGAAGAGUUCAAGUGCAGCAGCGGCGUCGUCUCUAGCCGAGAUGAAUGCUUUGCGUGCAGACAUCCAGCGUCUGUGCCAAGCCGCCAACCCCGUCGGGAAAAGUGUCGAGUUUGUGCACGAAGACUUGGAUGCCAUGUCCAAGGAGCUCGAGUUCUGGCGCAAGGAAUACGCCCGUAAACGCGACGCGCUAGCAGACGAGCAGAAGCGGACAGAAGAAGCGUUGCAGCCUCUGCAGAUUCAGCUCAGAGAAGUGGAAGAACAGGUUAAGGAGCAGCUCCACAAGAUCAACACACUCAAAGCUGCCAUUGCCAAAAACGAGGAGAAAACCCAGCAAUUGUUGCGGAUGGUGGUAUCGGCUUGAGAUCAGUAGUUGUACUGCAUGAGUAGGUAAAGUUCAUAAACUCUAUCAUUCAGG